ACUGACAAUGAGGAAGUCAUUGUGUUGACACCUAUUUUGUUGGUAUACAAAAAUCAUGACAUAAUAAUGCGUAAUAUUGUGGUGUUGUUAUUAUCGUGUUAUGGAGCAUUUGGUCUCGCACAUUCCCAGAAACCCAAUGUUUUGUUUAUUGUUGUGGAUGAUUUGAGACCAGCUAUUGGCUGCUAUGGCUACAACAAGGUCCUCACUCCAAACAUUGACCAGUUGGCUGCCAGGUCCAUUAGAUUUACCCAAGCACAUACACAACAAGCAGUCUGUGCUCCUAGCCGGACCUCAUUCUUGACUGGCAGGAGACCAGAUUCGACCAGAGUGUUUGCCUUCCAUCCCUACUACUGGAGAGAUGCUGUGGGCAACUUUACAACUCUUCCACAGCACUUCAAGGAGAAUGGGUACCAUACUCACAGUAUUGGCAAGAUCUUUCAUCAUGGUCGACCCUCCAAUAACACUGAUGACUACCCAUACAGCUGGUCCCAGCUUCCCUACCGACCGUCAACCAUGGAUUAUAAGAUGAAAAAGGUUUGUCCUGGACCGGGUGGGAACAAGUAUAUGAAUCUCUUGUGUGCCGUUGAUGUCUCCACCCAACCAGAGGAGACGCUACCAGAUAUACAAAAUGCUGAACAUGCCGUAGAGUUCCUCAAGACACGAGCCACGAUGCAAGACAGCGAACCAUUCUUUCUUGGCCUUGGGUUGUACAAGCCACACGUGCCUUUCAAGUUUCCUAAGAGGUAUCUAGACCUGUACCCAUUGUCAGACAUCGAUCCAGCACCUAACCCCCACCUUCCCCCUGGCUUGCCACCAGUCGCUUGGAACCCGUUCACCGCGAUGAGGGUCAGGGAUGACAUAGCUCGCUACAAUAUCAGCUUCCCUUGGGGGCCUGUCCCUGAUGAUCUGGCGCUCAAGAUUCGUCAGCACUACUAUGCGUCAACAACAUACAUGGAUUACUACCUCGGUCAAGUCCUCUCAGCUCUGGACAAGUACGGCUUCAGUAAUAAUACAAUUAUCACAUUCAUGGGGGACCAUGGAUGGUCCCUCGGUGAACAUCAAGAGUGGUCCAAGUUCAGCUUGUUCGAGAUCUCCACCAGGGUCCCAAUGAUGAUCUAUGUGCCACAACUCACACACUCUCCAACAGCACUUCCAUUAUUCACGCACAUUGACCCAUUCAUCUCAAGAAGGAACUCUGUUUGGAAGAAUGGCAGUACACUGAAGUUCCACGCUGGACUUGUCAGUGAUGCCAUGGUGGAAUUAGUUGACAUUUUCCCCACAUUAGCUGACUUAGCAGGGCUGAAAGUGCCCCCUAUUUGCCCUGAAAAUCCCUACAUGGUGGAUUUGUGCACAGAAGGAUCAAGCCUUGUGCCAUUACUAGAGGAAAAGGUGAAUGGUGUCGGAGGAAUCUCACAAUUUAGAUGGAAAAAUGCCACAUUUAGUCAGUAUCCACGACCAUCAGAUAUGCCGCAGGAGGACAGUGAUAAACCUUAUCUGAAACAUAUCAAGAUAAUGGGUUAUUCCAUAACCACCUCAUGUUGUCGUUACACCGAAUGGGUCGGGUACAAUCCAAAGACGUUCACAAUAAACUGGCAUGACGUGCAUGCUCGCGAGUUGUACUUACAUGAAACAGACUCCCUGGAGGACGAGAAUCUGGCAGACAAUCCUAACUAUAAGGAAUUGGUGGAGAAGUUUUCUUUUUCGUUGAAAUUGGGUUGGAGAGCAGCUUUGCCAAAUGUAGUUGCUGUGAAUUUGGCAAACAUGAAUGACCAUGCUUUCAUUUUAAGUCUUUUCUGCGUUAUGAUCUGCAAGGUGCUGGAUAUUUAGGAGGCUGCCUUGUUCUCUGUGCCAAAUUGGAAGUAAGUGGGUCUUAGGUCACACACGGACGAGUGGUGGAACAUCACUUGUCAACACAGCAAACAAGUCCUUUACAAUGGGUUUAUUUACAAGUCGGGGGAAACCAUCAGUAUAUUAUUGGCUUGAUUGUACGGGACAUUCUGUGAAGGGUUGAAGCUGGAAGAAAUAGAACAGUGCGAGUUGAUCUGAGUAUCUGAGAGAUAGUCUGCCAUUAGAAUCUAUGUAGUUGCUAUAGACAGAUAUGUGUUCGUUUUGUAUUUUCAUACGGAAUGUUCAAGUUUAAUAAAAUGGGUUUAACUAUGA